AUUUUAUAAAACUCCUCUCAGAUUUCUCCCCUUCCCUGCUUCAUUCCUGUUGAUUGCAAGUCUGCCGAGAGAGGGCUUCGAGAACGUUCUUCCUCCUCCUCCAUCUUUCAGUUCAUCGCCGGUGCGUACGUGGAAAGGGCUCAGGUCAUCGUCGCCGGAGGUCUAUAUUCAGUGGCCUGACUCUUCUUCUUCCUCCCCUGCUCUUCCUCUGAUUCGUGCGAUUGCGUCUCCUUCCCGGUUCAAUGUCGCCGUUGUGCUCGUGUGUGUGGCUGUGGAUGCAUUGAUUUCUUCCUCCAUUUUCGCCCAGCCAGCUUUUUCUUCCUGCUUCUGGCAUCGCGGAUCUGAGAUGAACUUGGAUCUCGAGUUGAUCAUUGAGAGGCUUUAUUGCUGAAUUGAAGUGGAAGAAUUAUAUUAUUUUGGACAAAUCUCAACUUAAUGUAAAUUUAAGUCUUGUAUUAUUUUUAUAGUCUGUCCUAUGUGCUCUACAUAGGCACAGGUAGGGUCCUUGUCUUCUCUAGUAAUGUUGUAAAUCUGUUGGUAAGGAGCGGAGCUUCUUUUGUUGGAUUGUUUGUUGUCCUUUGCUGUUGUAAAACAUGUAUAUACUACAAUAAUUAAGACUUAUUUGUUGUUCGAUCUUCCCCCUUCCUUUUUUGGGUCUUAUCUGUUGGAGUCCAAAGCUGAUUUAAAUCUAUUGAUUAAAAAGCUUGUAAUAUGUAUUUUACUAUAAUGUUUCUGGUUGUUGUUGAAGGAAGAAGGUCAUAGUUCUGUUUUACUCAUUUUAAGUUCAAACCUUCUUGAUAAAUUGAAGUUGGGGAGCUUUGUUUUCUUAAGUGAUGCUAAGAAGUUGUUUGACAAGUAAAUUUAAAACUUUGAAAUUCACUUAAUGAUCUAGUAAUGGAAUGAUGAUUAUCUGUAUAGUUAUCGUUGUUGUUAUUAUCACUACUACUACUACUAUAGAAAGCCAAUUUACAUCAGUUAUUCAAAGUCUAACAUGUUCAUUAUUGUUUAUAUGUUUAUGAUUUGAGGACGUUAUUUACUAGAAAAUAUUUUGACAUUUAGAUUAUAGAAGUGGACUUGCUCCUCCAAUAGACUCUUGAAAAGCUCAUAUUAAGACAAGAAGUUUUUUUGCUAUCCUUUUGUAUCAUGUGGAUUAAUGUAAAUAUUCAAAGUUACUUUUGUAUAGACUAUAGGCAGAUGCCUUUCUUCUUUUGUAUUUUGAUUAUUUACACACACACACACACACACACACACACACACACACACACUAUGUCUAUGUUUUUAGCCAUUCCCAAGCCCAAAUAAAGGAGGAGGGUUGUGUUAGGGCCUCGACAGCCGAAUUUCACAUGGAUAUGAGAACAUAUAUAUAUAUAUAUAUAUUCUGUUAUGGGGUAGAGCUCCUGUAUGCUGCACCGAGCUAUUUGGGCUGCUAUAAAAUUUUCGGGAAGUUCAACUUAUAGAGAGAUUUUGCUAAAACUUAUAUGAGCUUUAUUUUGUCAUGAGAAUUUAUGCUCUCCAUAUAUAUAUAUAUCAUGACUAGGGAAAGAAAAUCAAGAGAUCUAGAACAGGUAAGGUGUAUUAAGGAUGAAGAGGGAAGAAUUUUAGUUAUAGAUGAUGAAAUUAAAAAUAGAUGGGAGACUUAUUUUUCUAAACUUUUCAAUUAUGGAGAGGAUUCAUCUAGUAACUUGGAGGAUUUAGUAACUGGUGAAAGAGAACAAAAUUUGUCAUUAUAUCGAAUAAUACGUGAUAAGGAGGUAAAGGAAGCUCUUAAGAAAAUGGCAAAUGGUAGAGCCAACGGACCUGAUUGUAUAUCUAUCGAAGCGUGGAAAUGUUUAGGUGAAGAAGGGGUGAGAUGGUUAACUAAGUUAUUUAAUGUGAUUUUACGGUCCAAGAAAAUGCCUGAUGAGUGGAGGAGAAGUAUAUUAAUUCCUAUUUAUAAAAAUAAAGGAGAUAUUCAGAAUUGUACUAACUAUAGAGGGAUUAAACUCAUGAGCCAUACAAUGAAAUUGUGGGAGAAAGUAAUUGAGCACAGGUUGAGAUUGGAGACAAGUAUUUCUGAGAAUCAAUUUGGUUUUAUGCCAGGUAGAUCAACUACAGAGGCGAUUUAUCUACUGAGGGGAUUAAUGGAAAAGUAUCGUUGUAAAAAUAAAGAUCUACACAUGGUUUUUAUUGAUUUAGAAAAAGCUUAUGACCGUAUACCAAGAGAAGUGCUUUGGAAAGCGUUGGAAAAAAAGGGAGUACGGAUUGCUUAUAUUAAAGCCAUACAAGAUAUGUAUGAGGGGGUAAAAACUAGUAUAAGAACGCCUAGUGGUCAAACAAAGGAUUUUCCUAUAAAAAUUGGACUACAUCAAGGAUCAUCUCUGAGUCUUUAUUUGUUCAACUUGAUUUUAAAUGUUUUGACAGAACAUAUUCAAGAGGAAAUCCCGAAAUGUAUGCUCUUCGCGGAUGAUAUAGUUCUUAUAGCAGAGACAAGAGAAGAGGUUAAUUGCAAACUUGAGUUAUGGAGGAGGAUAUUGGAGUCGAAAGGUUUUCGUCUGAGUAGAAGUAAGACGGAAUAUUUAUAUUGUAAACUUGGUAAAGGACUAUUCGAAAAUAAUUUGGAAGUGAAAUUGGGAGAUCAAAUUAUACCUUAAGUGGAAAAGUUUAGAUAUUUGGGAGCCAUUAUUCAAAAUGAUGGCGAAAUCAGUGGAGAUAUUUCACAUAGAAUUCAAGCUGGGUGGUUUAAUUGGAGAAAAGCUAAAGGAGUUAUUUGUGAUGUAAGGUGCCUAAUAGACUUGAAGGAAAGUUUUAUCGCACUGCUAUCAGACCGGCAAUGUUAUAUAGUAGUGAAUGCUGGGCUCUAACGGGACAGCAAGAGCAUAAAGUUGGAGUAGCAGAGAUGAGAAUGUUAUAUGGAUGUGCGGACAUACACGUAAAGAUAAAAUUCGAAAUGAGCACAUACGCGAAAAAGUGAGGGUGGCACCUAUUGAGGAAAAAAUGGUAGAAAAUCGGUUGAGAUGGUUUGGGCAUGUACAAAGAAGACCAAGGGAGGCACCAGUGAGAAGAGUGGCACAUAUAACUUUGAGUCCGAUUAAGAGAGGUAGAGGAAGGCCUAAGAGAACACUUUGGAAGUUGUUGAACACGAUCUCUUAAUUAAUAAUAUUCCUAAAAGCUUGAUAAAUGAUAGAGUACAAUGGCGUCUUGCAAUCCAUGUAGCCGACCCCACCUAGUGGGAUAAAGGCUUGUUGUUGUUGUUGUUGUUGAUAUCAGGAAUGUUCAUAUGAUCAUUAAGUUAGGUGUUUCCUCUUGUUUUAAGGCUUAAGGGAUGUGGCUUUCCAUAUUCCAGCUGAUCACACCUAUGAUUUUUGGGGUGUGACAAGCAUGUUCUCCAUAUCUCUAUUAAACUCUCUAAUUUGCUUAACUCUUAUAAUUUCAAUUAACUAAUGAUCCUCUCAUUGGUUUAGAAGUAGAACAUUCUCAAUAGCUGAUUACAUGGAUAAGGAGCAAACCCCCAAAAUUACCAGAAGAACAACCAGAUCCGUGGCUACGGCAUCUAGUUCAGAUAAUGUCAUGACUGAAGUAACUAAUUUUGGUCUUCCACCAGCAAUAAAUCAUGUCAUAGUUGAAGGAGAUCCAGAAGUGGAUAAGGAGGAAACCCUACAAAUUCCCAGAAGAACAACCAGAUCUUUAGCUUUGGCAUCUAAUUCAGAUAAUGUUGCUAUGAAAGUAACUGACAUUGACCCUCCUACCAUAAAUGACCUUUUAGUUGGAGGAGAUCCCAUUAGUUUGGAUGAUUUAAUAUCUACUUUUCCUGGUAGGUGUAACCAGAUUCUUGAGCUUGUGCGUCUUUUGGGACCUUUGAAUUCACCGAUAUUGCCUUUAUUUGUGUAUGGUGGUCCUUCUACUGGAAAAACCAGUAUCAUUCUUCAAUUAUUUGGGCAUCUCAACAGGCCUCUUGUUUAUUCAAGCUGUAGGACAUGCUAUAAUCAGCGGAUCUUGUUUGAAUCUAUUUUGAAUUCAUUGGUUCUUCACAGAAAAAGUGCUUCCAAUGGUUAUUCAAAUGCAAAACGAUGUGAAAGACCAUCCGACUUUGUCAAUUUUCUUAGGGAAGCAUUGGUCAAUGUGAUAAAUAAUUUGAAGGCAAAUUCAGAGAAAUUGAGAUCGAAUAAGAUGGCAGCAAGGGGAACUGGGAAUAUGAUUUACUUGGUAUUUGACAAUUUUCAUCUUGUUAGGGAGUGGGAUAAGAGUUCUACUAUAUUACCCUUCCUGUUUAAUCUUUAUGAUCUGCUAAACUUGCCAGAGGUAGGCUUGAUUUUUAUCAGCAGCACCUCCCCUGAUUCCUAUUAUACUAAUAUGGGUUAUGUGGAACCUGUCCCCGUCUUCUUUCCUGAUUAUACAGAGUCUGAUCUUCGUAAAAUAUUUUUGAGAAACCAAGCAAACCAAAAGUUGUACUCUUCAUUUCUGGAUGUAGUUUUGAGGCCUUUCUGUAGAAUUACAAGACAGGUGGAUGAAUUGUUUACUGCCUUCAAGUCACUAUUUGAAAAAUAUUGCGAACCUUUGAGUGAUCAUGGUGUUAUUCCAAGUGAAGACAUGAAGAGAAGGUUAUUCAGCCAUCUCAAGCCUCAUAUUGGUACCUAUUUGAAUGAAAUAUUUAAGGUUUCAUCUCUUCCUUCACUUGAAGUUGAGACCCAUAAAGAGACCAAACAGAAGGGGAAUCCCAAGAAAUUGGAGCGAUCUGACGGAACUGCAGAGCUGGAAUUUCACAUGUCGAUUUGUGCUAAAUAUCUCCUUAUUUCUGCAUUUCUUGCAUCCAGAAACCCUGCAACCCUUGAUGACUCACUUUUUGAUUCGACUGGUGGAUCAAACAGUCGAAAGCAUAAGAGGAAGACCUCUACGAAAGUGCAGGAACAGAAACAAAGUGCAGAAGAGGAACUAUUAAUGAAAGGACCUGGAACUUUUCCACUAGAGAGGUUGUUAGCCAUCUUCCAAUGUAUUGUGUCAGUUGCAGAAGAUCCAUCUGACGAAGAGGGACAAAGGAAUGAUGGAUUAGGAAUCCAAGGUUGCAAUGGUGGGCUAAUGUCCGAUGUUCUGUUCCAACUAUCCACACUCUGCAAUGCUAAUUUUAUUGUUAGAGGAGGAAGCUGUCCGAUUGAAGGCUCUACUCGGUAUCGAUCUACUAUAUCUGAAGACCUGGCUUUGAAGGUUGCGAGGAGCCUCAAAUUCCCGCUGUCCAAGUAUUUGUAUAGAAGAUAAUUUUCUUAAGCAUGUUCCUCCGUAAGCAUUGGCCAUCUAAUGUUUCUCGUUAACCAUUAAAAUGAAUUUAGAAUACAAGGUAUCAUUUUACUAUGGAAAAAGUGUAGAUACUGUGAUCUCUAUUUAUCAUCAGGAAGCUCGAAAUCUAAGCAAUGUAAUUGAGCGGACAUCUCUUGCAGUCAUGUACGGUCUAUGAAAUGUUGAGGGAAUCAGAAUUAGGACGUAUUUGAGCAUCUGAGUUAGUUGGGAUUUGCUUGUUGCUUGUUUAAUGUAGAGUUUUUGACUGUUGCUUCAAAGGAAUUUGUAACUUUGCUGACUGUAUUCGGAGCAAAUCUCAAGAUCUUGUUGCUCUUAGCCAAAUUUAGGUAUGUGAUAUGGCACAGAAUUGACUUGAUCUUCCUCUAUAGACUAUUAUGUUCUGAGAAA